UAGUGUGGUCUCUUUGUAUGUCAGUUAGUGAGUAGAAUGUCGAAUGCGAUCAUCUUAAGAUGUUCCAUUUCCUGUACACAGUCGUAACAGGGCAGGGAGGGAGAGCGUGCACAGCAUACAAGUCUUCUCAAGCAGUUGGAUGCUACACCUGUGACCCCAGCCCUGUGACUGUUGUCCAGAAACAAACAUGAAGUCCAAGCGGAUAUUUGCGUCAACUGUCCUACUGACCCAAGUCCUGGAGACAGAUGCCCAAGCGUUGGGUUUGACGGACCCGCGUCUCUGCUAUAUUUUGGAUGGGAUACUGUUUCUGUACGCCAUCAUCGUCACAGCCAUGUUCUUCAAAGAGAAGUUCACCCAACAAGUUUCUCCAGCUAAGGAUCAGCAGGAAAGCUUCUACAACGAUCUUAACUUAGCGGACCGAGCUGGAUACGAAGAGGUGAAAAGGCGAAGGGACAUCGAGAAAGGAGACAGAGGCCAGAAUCGAAAAGGUUAUGAUGAAGUUUAUACGGGACUUCAGCCAGAAAAAAUGAAUGACCCAUACAGUGGUAUCCACAUCAAACCAGAGCAGAAAAGAAAGGGAAAAGGCAAUGAUGGAGUGUACCAGGGGCUCAGCACUGCCACUCGGGACACGUACGAUGCUCUACAGAUGCAGAAACUCUACCCCCGCUAAGAGAGCGUCUUUAAAGAGACUCUUAAAACAAGGAUGCCACAAGACCACGUCUGGAAGGAAAUCGAUGCCAAGUGCCACAUUGCAUCUGUAAAUUAACUGCUUAUCUACUUCAUUUCAUUAAACUGCUGUACUCUUUGA